ACACACGGACUGAACGUAUAGCCCUUUUAAUACUGUAGUUGGUUGCUUGAAGGAACUUAAGUUUUACACUGGAGUACCCCUUUAAACCAGCGGUCCCCUCCCAACCAGGGUGCCUCUUGCUGUUGCAAGACACACGGACUGAACUUAUAGCCCUUUUAAUACUGUAAUUAGUUGCUUGAAGGAACUUAAGUUUUACACUGGAGUACCCCUUUUAACCAGCGGUUCCCUCCCAACCAGGGUGCCUCCAGCUGUUGCAAGACACACGGACUGAUAUUUGAGCCCUAAAAAGGGCUUUUUUGUGUGCUGUCCUUAAAGCAGAUGUUACACUAGUGCUUUAGGAGUAAAGUGGACCCUGAAUACACCACCUAGCAGCAACCUAGCUAUCGCUUUCCCUAUUACAGCAGGAGCAGCUUCUCUGUCCCUCCACUUUCUAAGCCUGCAGUAUGCCGAAUGAAGGUAAAAUGGCGUCCGUGCAAGAGAAGUGGGCCUGUGGUCUCUCACUCAUUCUCAUCGCUCCCUAUGGCAGAAACGGCAAUAGACUAGGGGCACCCAUCCUUCCCAUCCACAACAUCAACACCCAGCUUGACAUCACACUAAUACUCCUGACCACUUGCAGCCUCCUCAUAAAUACUGGGACUACCAACUCUGCACCCUUGCCAGGUACUUCUCCAGUGACGGGCAGCACUGGGAUGACCCGGGCAGGCUACCUCUGGUGGCCGACCAGGGACAAUCCUACAAGGGUACACAGGUUAGUUCCGAUACCCGGGAUUCUCCACGUGACCCUGUGCUAUGAAAAACCUACCAGGAGAUUGCAGUGCCACCAUCGAGAGUCUCUCCCUGAAACAAAAUGGCGUCCUACCUCUCCAAUACUCCAACGAGCAUGCGCGGAGAACGAAGCCAGUGGGCUCCAUGGAUACUCUGCACGUGACUGUUCAUGUGGUUUUGUUGUCAUACGUCACUUCCGGCUACCUCACGGGAUUGCCUCGUGUGUCGGGGGAAGGCGCGCAAUGCCCUGUUGCGCAAACAGGAAGCCAUCUGCCGGGUGAGUGAUUGGAUCCUCUGCCCACUUUUGUAAAAAGAGACUUUACAGUGCACACAACACUAUGCAAUAAUGUUUCCAGUGCAAUAUUUAUAAUUACUAUUGCCCACAUUUCCAUAUAUUGUGUUGUGCACUUGUAUUCACUUUUUGAUCACUUUGUAACAUCACGGUUUAAUAUGUUCACAUGUCAAUUAUGUCUGAUUAAUGAGCGGUCCUGCGCGACCAUAAAAACCCUCCAUGUACAACCAUUUGUUGCUUGAUAAAGACAGCGAGAGGC